GGAAUUCCCGGGCCCCGCGCAGCCCGUCUGGGGCCUGGGGAGGGGGGUCCUUUCGUCCCUGUGGAGGGGCCGGCGCCGCCGAGGAGCCCUCAAGGCUCCGGGGUCGGCUUCCCGGCGUGGUAAGAGGAGACCCCUCCGCAGCCGGACCCGCGAGGGCCCCUGGGCUGAGUAGCCCCGGGCUGAAGGGCCGUGGCUGCCGGCGGGGCCGCAUCGUCCUGUGCGCGCUGGGCUCAGCCGAUCCCGGGCAGCUUCCCGCCGGGAUUGCUGGCCUGCGGGCUAUGAAUGGGGGGUGUGCCCGUGUGCUUCGCGGUGGUUCCCUGGCCUGCAGGCGGGCGUGCCCCUGGUGCGUCCUGAUGUGCCUCUGUGUGCCAGAAAUUCAUUCGUGUCAGUGCUUGAAUAAACCUUCUCCCAACUUCAGGCACUCAGAGGGAAGUACGAUGUCCUUGUCUGGGAACAGCUCCGGCUGAACGUGUGCGCGUUUGGCUGUCUCCUAGGAGAGAAAUAGUGAGGCUGUGAGGACAAGUAACAGGGAUUAGAAUAGGGGGAGAGAAUAUGAUACUAGGAGAUACCUCAGAAGUAUAUAAGUGUCUAAAAGGAGGGUAUGAAGAGAAUGGAGCCAGGCUCUUCUCGGUGGUGACAAGAGGCAACUUAUGCCCAGGAAGUUCCACCUAACGUGAGGUGGCCAAGCACUGGAACAGAUUGCCCAGAGAGAUUGUGGAGUCUCCCUCACUGGAGAUAUUCAAGAGCUGUGUGGACACAGUCACAACGCACACAGCAAAGUGCUCUGGGAUGACCCUGCUUGAGCAGGGAGGUUGGAUCAGAUAACCCACUGUGUGCCCUGGCAACCUGACCCAUUCUCUGAUUCGGUGAAAAACCAAACUGAAAUUUUAAACUGGCUACCACUGUUCACUUCUUACGACCUUCCUCGGUGCUGUGAAGGUGAUUGCUAAAUCCUUAAGGGAGUGGUAGUGACCUUGAGGUUUUAUUUUCUGAAUCAUGGAAGUUAUGGGAAUAUUUCAUGGGAGCAAAUGCAUGCUAUUAAACUUUUUCUGAACUUAGCUUUUAUGGUUCAUAAGAUAUUUUUGAUUCAACAGUUACAAAAAAGUUAUGUGCACAGUGACAGCUGUUUAGUAGUUGUUUAGAGAAGUCUUUCAUCUCCUGUUCAGUCACCUGUCACUCGGCUACAGAUGGAUUAUGAUGUGAAUUUACGCUGGAUUUGGUAGGCAGAAGUGAGACUUCUUAUGGUGCAAAAGAUGGCAGUAAUUUUUCAGAAAGAAAGUCUUAUUUUUGUGGUAGUUAUUUUGUUUGUUUUCAUUGGAUUUGGUUGUAAAGGCACCAGAUUUGCAGGUAAAAUGUAUAUUGACUUUUCUAAACAGCUCUACAAAGUUGGGCUGAAGUCUAAAAAAAAAUUCGAAAGAGAAUGGUUUGCCUACUCAUUAUUUGUUAUGUGUGUAAACCAUAUAAUCAUAUGCACAAUAAUCAUCUGUGCUCUCUGUUGUCUAAUGCUGAUGCAAGACUUUUAAAAAUAGUUAGAGAGGAAAGACUCCACACCCUGUGUCCCUAUGUUCUGUUCUGUCUUCCCAGUCUUGUAUGAACAUUGCACCCGUACCUUCAUCUGCACUUGUACAUAGUCUGUGGCUGAUUCAGAAGAAGACUGCAAGUUGACUCAUCCUCUCUUGGAAGAGAUGCAGAAUCAUCAGUGAUGGAGACCCCCACCCCCAGCUCCGUGCACCUGAGUGACUGGCAGAGAAGUUACUUUGCUAUUACCUCUGACACCUGCACACCUGCACAGAAGGCAGAUGAGUACCGUGCCAAAAUCCUGCGUAUUCAGUAUGCAUGGGCAAACUCUGAGAUCUCCCAGGCCUGUGCUGCCAACCUGUUCAAAAAGUAUGCGGAGAAAUACUCUGCGAUUAUUGACUCUGGCAACGUGGAGACUGGCUUGAAUAACUAUGCGGAAAACAUUUUGACUUUGGCAAAGUGUCAGCAGAAUGACAGUGACAAGUGGCAAUCUGCUUUGACAACAGAUAAUGUAUUUGAAUUAAAGUGUGUGCAAGAGAGGAUGCAGGCUGGCAAAAUUUUCCAGAGCUCUCAGAUGGCACCAACAGAUGCCUGUGUACAAGCUGAUAAAGGGGUCAGUGCCUCCGCUGCUCCAGCUCUUUCUAAACUCAGUGUCUUAGGCAGUGCCGGAGAGACUGAGCUCUGUGCUGGCUCAGCAAAAUGUGCAAGUCAGGGACCAGAUCUCCUGGAGCAUCCCUCAUCUUCAAAGUCUCUUCAAAGCCGUGUGCCCCCUGUGACCAAAACUUCAGAUACACUGCUUGCUGCUUCAGCCUCCUUAAGCAAAAGGGUUCAACCAGUUUUCCAGGCAACUCCACUGUUUGGAAGUAAAGAAGCCACAAGUAGUAGUUCUCUGAAAAUGUCGGGUAACUCUUGUGAUGGGCAAAAUUUGUCUCUUUUUAACCAGUCAGCUGCACCUGCUUGGUCUGCAAGUUCUGGGAAAAGAAAAGCAUUCUAUGGUCUGGCUGAUGAAAGCAGCACAGUUAUUCCUAGCCUUGCUCCAUGCCAGCCUCUCAUUAGCACCGAAACCAGUAGUUUUUCAGGGCAUAGAAACAGAAAUGAAGAGAGCAGUGCUCCAGGUUUUAAAACUGCAAAAGAACAGCUGUGGGUGGAUCAGCAAAAGAAAUCUCAAAACCAACCCCAGCGUGCACCAGUCUCAUCAUAUGGAGGUGUAAAAAAAUCUCUGGGUGCAGGCAGGUCUCGGGGUCCAUUUGGCAAGUUUGUUCCUCCAGUUCCAAAGCAAGAUGGAAGUGAAAAUGAAGGAGCACAGUGUAAACCUCACACAAGAGAACCAACAGAUUCAUUGUUGCCUGUAGAUGAACGGCUGAAAAACAUAGAACCAAAAAUGGUUGAGCUCAUUAUGCAUGAGAUCAUGGACCACGGGCCCCCAGUCAACUGGGAUGACAUCGCUGGAGUUGAGUUUGCUAAAGCUACUAUAAAGGAAAUAGUAGUCUGGCCUAUGCUGAGGCCAGACAUCUUCACUGGGUUGCGUGGUCCUCCUAAAGGAAUUCUGCUCUUUGGCCCCCCUGGGACUGGCAAGACUCUCAUAGGCAAGUGCAUUGCAUGCCAGUCUGGAGCAACUUUUUUUAGCAUCAGUGCCUCUUCUUUGACUUCCAAAUGGGUGGGUGAGGGGGAAAAGAUGGUCCGUGCACUGUUUGCUGUGGCACGAUGUCAACAGCCAGCAGUGAUUUUCAUUGAUGAAAUUGAUUCUCUUCUGUCUCAGCGUGGGGAGGGGGAGCACGAGUCGUCGAGAAGAAUAAAAACUGAAUUUCUGAUCCAGUUAGAUGGGGCAACGACCUCCUCUGAAGAUCGUAUUCUAGUGGUUGGGGCAACAAAUCGACCCCAAGAGAUCGAUGAAGCUGCCCGAAGGAGACUGGUAAAGAGACUGUACAUCCCUCUUCCAGAGGCCUCAGCCAGGAAGCAGAUUGUUACUUGUCUCAUGUCCAAGGAGCACUGCUCCCUAAAUGAAGAGGAAAUUGAACUUAUAGUUAAGAAAUCCGAUGGGUUUUCUGGGGCAGACAUGACACAGCUCUGCCGGGAAGCGUCUCUGGGCCCCAUCCGCAGUCUGCAGUCCAUGGACAUUGCAACCAUCCUGCCAGAGCAAGUACGGCCCAUCGCUUUCCUGGAUUUUGAGAGUGCCUUCAGGACUGUCCGGCCCAGCGUCUCCUCCAAGGACCUGGAGCUCUAUGAAACCUGGAACCAGACAUUUGGCUGUGGUAGAUGAACUGCAUCCUAACUGUUACACAGGAACAUUCCUUUAAUACUGCCACGUAUUAAACGUGGUAAUUCAGAGUUGUCUGCACUUCUUUUUGUUUCUGUCUGGGAAUUAAACCUUCUUACAUUAUGCAGGCAAAUGUCCAGGCUCUGGCCUGAGGUUUUGCCAGCUGAAAAGACCGUGAGGAACUACUGGUCACAAGAUGAAAAAUUGCUGAACACCGGUAACAGUGAGAAGCUGACAAAAUUUACAGAUAGUUGCUGUGAAAGAUGGACAAAUUUCACUGGUAUUUAAGGGAAGGUGGUCAAACCUCACAUAUAAUUGAAGGGAAUACUGGGGGGAAUCUUGCAAAGCAAAGCUCACCAUGUUGUAUUGGAAGAGGAUCCAAGUAAUAUCAGAAAUAGCAAUUUUGGGUAGAGAUGUAGCAAAACUGAGAUUAAUGGGGAAAAGUAGUUAGAAACGCAUUUUUUAGGAGGAGACAGGAGCAGAGGGAGAAAGGACCAAGGUGGAUGUGGAGUUGCAUGGAAAAAUAAAAGGGGGAAUAAAAGGGGAAAGUCUCUUGAGCAGUACUGUUGCCAGCCUUGUGACACAUCACUGCAGUCUAUCCCAGCUUCUUAUUAAAAACUUUUUCUGAUGA